AGUCCCGUCUCGGCCAUGGCGGGGCUGGGGGCGCGCAGCGUCCUCGUGACCGGGGCUAACUGUGGCAUCGGCCUGGAGUUAGUGCGGCAGCUCGCGGCCAAGCCUGACCCGCUGCAGUGGAUCUUCGCCUGCAGCCGGGAGCCGGGCGGGCAGCGCGGGCAGGUGUUGAGAAAACUGGCCUUGAGUCACUCAAAUCUCAUAGUGGUAAAGCUAGAAGCUACAAAUCUUGCCAGCAUUAAGGAAGCUGCAGCUUUGGUUGAAACCCAUCUAAAAGGUGCAGGGCUUAACGUGUUGAUAAACAGUGCUGCCAUUCUAACCGAGACCACUCUUGAAACCACACGUCCUGAAGACAUGAUAAGUGGGUACACAACUAAUGUGGUUGGGCCACUGAUGGUGAGCCAGGCUUUCCUGCCUCUGUUAAGGAGGGCAGCCCAAGCAAGUGGACAGAAAGGGCUCAGCUGCAACAAGGCCGCCAUCAUCAACAUUUCCUCAGCUUUGGGCUCUGUAGAAUUGGCCCACAAAAAUUACAGCAAGCCUAUGAUCCCGUAUCGUUGCAGCAAGGCAGCUGUCAAUAUGUUGACAAAAUGUCAGGCUCUGAGUUAUGAAGAAGAAGGGAUCUUGUGCACUGUGGUUCAUCCUGGUUGGGUGAAGACUGACAUGGGGACCCAACAGGCUGACCUGACAGUAGAAGAGAGCGUGCAGGGCAUUCUCCAGGUAUUCUCCAAGCUCAAUGAUGAGCACAGUGGAGCGUUUGUGAACUGGAAGGGGAAGCAGCUCCCUUGGUGAAAGUCUGGGACUUCAAUUGUUGGCCAAAAGAUCCAGGUCAAGUUGCAGCAGAAAUUCUGUCCCAGAAGACGAUGCCAUCUCAAAACCAGCAACCUGGAGGUUUGCACCUUCCUUAUCUCUUAAAUCCACCGUUGACUGAAAAAGCUUGCUAGGCUCCCAAAUGAUUCUAUUUCCUUUCCUGGAAGGUUUAUGAAGUUUUCUCACUCCAACUGGGACAUUUGCUUGAGGGUAGCAGUAAGCUGCGAAAUUCCUCAUUGCUGACUUAAGCUUUGCGUUAAGUCUACAGAUCUGACUUUGUACUGUACUAUACUGAAUCUAGUUAAAUUUAAAAUAAAGCUCUAUCUGAUUGUUUUUA